UCUAAAUUAUCUAUAUGAGAUUAGAAAAAAUAGAAUGUAUAGCUUUGGAAGCUGUGGCUUACAAACACUAAAAGAGAAGACGCGAAAGGAGGUGGAAAAAUUAAAUCGAGAAAGAGAGAGAGAAAGCGAGAUAGAAAAAGGGAAGGGGGAAAGAGAGAGAGAGAGAGAGAGAGAGAGAGAGAGAGAGAGAGAGAGAGAGACGUUAGAUAAAGACAGUAAAGCGUGUGUACUCUCGUAAAGGGCGCAUACGUGGUCAGAGUUCGUCAGUCUCGAUCGGUCUUCGAGUAAAAGAGGGUUACACGUUAUUUGUGCUAUUAUUUUCUUGUCUCGAGAGCCCAUUCAGAUUUUAUGAUCUUAACGAGGAAUAAAAAAAGAAAUUAAAUAAAAAUAAAUUGAGAAUAACGAUAUCGAAAAGAAAAAGAAACAAGAGAAAUAGAAAAAAAAAAAACAACAAGUAUUAGAGCCUCAAUAUUUCAUUGUGAGAAAAAAAUAAAAAAAAAUAAAAAAAUAAAAAAAAAUAAAGAAAGAAAUGACGAAAUAUUUGAAUAUUAUUUUUAAACGUUCACAUUGUCAACGUAAGAAAGUUAAGAAUAUUAACAAAAUAUUUCUAAUAAAUUUACAAGAAAUAUGAUCAUCCAAUCUUCGUUUCAAUGAAGAAUACAUGUUUUUCAUGUGAUAGUGUUCGCAACGUGUAAUUCUAUGCGUAUAUAUACGCACGUGUAUAUAUAUGUGUGUGUGUGUGUAUGUGUGCGUGCGUGCGUGUAUCUAAUCAUCGAACUCAUUAAGAGGGGUCGUUAUUCCACGAUCCAUUGGCAACUGCUCGCAAAUAAGUAAGCGUACUUUGCGAUUAAUGAACUUGUUAAAGGAAUCAACACAAAAGUGUAUGUGUCUGUGGCUGAAUAUACAUGUGUGUAUGUGUGUAGAUUUAUUCGUGCGAUAGGAAUGGUUGAUUUGUUAUUUGAUUUUGAACAUUCUAAAGGAUGCAAAAAAAAGGAAAUUUCUUGAAAAAGAAUUAAAAAAAAAAAAAAAGAUUAAUAUGGCUAACUCUUCAUCAAUUAAUAUCAGCUUCGAUGACGAAAAUGGAAUCGAAGCUUUUAAACAUUAUUCUCGCUCGGCUACUACCGCAGCUGCCAUUUGUGCGAUAAUCUUCAGUAUUGUUGGUAUACUAGGUAAUUUGGUGACAGUAAUCGCGCUACUGAAGUAUACGAGACUAAGGCGACACGCUACAACGGCAUUCGUUAUAAGUCUAAGUGUCUCCGAUUUAAUUUUCUCUGCUGUGAAUUUGCCAUUGACAGCUAGCAGAUAUUUGAACGAAGCUUGGGUCCUUGGUGAUACACUUUGUCAGAUCUUCCCACUUUUCUUUUAUGGAAACGUAGCUGUCUCGUUGCUAAGUAUGGUUGCGAUUACAAUUAACAGGUAUGUACUCAUAUCAAGAUCGGAUAUCUACGCUGUUAUAUAUACAACUCGGGGUAUCGUAUUGAUGUUGAUCGCCAUAUGGACCCUUAGUUUCUCCCUUUUGAUACCACCUUUGAUAGGUAUAUGGGGUACUCUGGGAUUAGAUCCAAAGACGUUCUCUUGUACGAUUUUAAAGAAGAACGAUUCGAGUCCAAAAAAAGUACUCUUUGUUCUUGGCUUUAUUGUACCCUGCGUUGUGAUCAGCGUUUCUUAUCUUUGUAUUUACUGGCGCGUAAGAAAGAGCCGAAGGAACUUGGAAGCACAUGCUACUGGAGGAAGACGAAAAGUUGGUGGAUUUCAAAGGAGAGAAGAUUCCAGAGUGACGAGACUUAUGUUGAUUAUAUUCUUGUGUUUUUUAACGUGUUUCAUGCCAUUAAUGUUGGCAAACGUAAUCGACGACAAAGUCAGAAUUCCUAUAUUACAUGUGAUCGCUUCGAUAUUAGCUUGGGCAUCCUCCGUUAUAAAUCCUUUUAUAUACGCUGGUACCAACAAAUUGUAUAGAGAAGCUUACAAGCAAAUUUUAUGUCCUGUUUCAAGUAAAAUACCAACGACUGGCCCAAAACCAACGCACUCGCACUCAAGCAAAAUCUCUUCCCCUCCAUUGACGUGACUAAUAUCGUCAAUUCCGACUGCACUCGUUUGGAUUAAUUAAUUUCUAAUUUUUUUGUUCUUUUUCUCUUUUUUUUUUUUUUUUUUUUUUUUUCUUUAAGUUAUAAUUAGAACGAACGAAUUUAAUUAUUUAAACAAUUGUAAAGAUAUUGGCGUUAGAAAUAGAUCGAUAUACUAUAGUGUGUGAUUUUGUGAACAGUUCCGUUUAAAUGGCGAUUAUUUUUAUAUUUGUAUUAUCUUAACAUAGAUUUGUACCAUACAGAUUUAUUUUGUAAAUUAUCAGCGCUUUCCAUAUAUUAUGAAUAUCGAUCUUGUAUAUAAUAUUAUAAAACAAAAAUACAUUUUUUGUUAUUUUUACAAUACAUUUGGAAUGUUCGAGUAGAGAAUUCGUAUAUAUAAUAUAUUAUGGUAAAUAUAAUAAUGGUAUUAUUUAUCUAGCGAAAUAUGGACGGAAAUUGUAGUUAUUAAAGUUGUAUAAAAAAAGAAAAUAUCCGUAAAAAAAAAUACAAAUAUAAUAUACAUUUUAAAAACACUGAAUGAAAUUAAAUAUUAUCUAUUUUAGAGUAUAUAAAUGGUAACUGCAUAUGGUGUAUAAAAAGCUUAAUUUACGAACACGUUGUAAAUAUAAAUAGUAGAUAUGGUGCAAUAGAUAUCAGCACGAUUUACUGUUUACCAAUGUAACAAUAAAUCACUUAUUGUACUUACACUUAA